CAUCGCGAAAUCAACAUAAAGAAAGUGCGGUUCUCUCCUCACACAAGUCUAGCCGAGGAACAGGAACGGUUCUUCACUGUGCAAAUUUAUCUCCCCUCGGAAAAGUAGUCACCGGAUAGACCGAAAAAAAAUGUCAGAACCAAGCAAGGACGAACUACGCAAGGAAAUUGCCGCCAUCCUGAAGGAUGCCAACCUGGAGGAAACAGCCGCCAAAAAGGUUCGUCUCCAGCUGGAGGCCAACCUGAAGUGUGAUCUGUCCGCCCGCAAGAAGGAAGUGGACGACCUCGUCAUGGAGUACGUUAACGCACAGGACGAAUCCGGUGAGGAAGAGGAAGAGGACGAGGAGGAGGAAGAGGAAGCCCCCAAAAAGAAGCAAUCGAAGAAGAAGAAGCAGGAAAGCGAAGACGAGGAGGAGGAAGAGGAUGAGGAAGAUUCCGAAGACGAUAAGAAGAAGAAGGGCAAGCGGGGUGCUCCGGCCAAGCGAGGCCCGGCCAAAAAGAAGAAGCGCGGAUCGGACAGCGAGGAAGAAUCCGAAGGAUCCGAUGGCGGAUCGGACGAUGACUACAAGCCGAACAAGGGUCCCAAAGCCGGAGCCAAGAAGGCUGGUCGCAAGAAGAAGGGUUCGGAUUCCGAUUCGGACGAAGACUGGAAGCGAUCGAAGCCGGCCAAGGCCAAGAAGGCCCCCGGAGCCAAGAAGGGCAAGGGAACGGGCUUCACUCGUCCCUACAACCUAUCGCCGGAAUUGGCAGCUAUUUGCGGAGCUGAUGCUCUGCCGAGGCACGAAGUGGUCAAGAAGGUUUGGACCAUCAUCAAGGAGCGCAAUCUGUAUGACCCGAAGAACAAGCAGUACGCCAUCUGCGACUCCGAGCUGCAGAAAGUCAUCGGCGUCAAACGGUUCCGCACAUUCGGUAUGCUCAAGUAUUUGAAACCGCAUUUCCUAGAUUAGGAUGGGAAAUCUACAUGAUCCUUUCCUGCUUCGCGUAAUUGUAAAAUUGGGGGACUUCUUCCAAAUCAACCUAAUAACUGUGCAAAAAUUCACACGGGAUGGAAAUCCUCCUUACUCUGUAGGUUUUAAGCGAAGGACGUGUAAGCUGAUGACAAGAUAUGCCGUUCGUUAGGAUCAAUUGAUCCUAAGCAGGGCAGAAUCCUACGAACCUGGGUAUAGAAGAUAUAUCCUAAUUCAAAGUAUAUUUUUAACAUUUUCAAUAACCAAUAUCAGACGAUUAAUAAACAAAAAAAGAAAACGGAUAAGUAAGCAAGAUGGCAGAAAAUCGAUAGAUGAUAAAUUAGAGUGUUAAUUUUAAGUGUGGAAGUUUGAACGACCAUAUAACGACGCAACUAUUUCGUUUAACUGUGUAAUGGGAAACCGUGGUAAUCGCGAAUUUCUCUGAGUAACAAAAAUAAAGUAUGAACAAACCGGAA